AUGAACGACCACUACGUCGACGACAUACUCUCCGGUGCCGACGACAUCGCCACGGAUCGAUAUAUUCGUGACCAGCUAAUCGAACUUCUGCAAGCUAGCGGGUUUCCUCUGCGCAAGUGGGUAGCCAAUCUGCCCGAGCUAAUGGACGACCUCCCCGACGACGUGUGCCUGCGACCCACUUGGUGUCAGCUUGGCACUGAAGGUCUCGUUAGUGAGCUCGGUCACCAAACCACCAAGAGGACUAUGCUCGCAGCGCUCGCGGGCCUGUUUGAUCGAUGCGGUUGGCUUGCGCCGAUCGUGCUGAACGCCAAACUCCUGCUGCAAGACUUAUGGCGAGCCAACCUGGACUGGGACGAGUCUGCUCCGUCGUCCAUGAUUCAAAGGUGGACUGCCUUUGCCGCCGAGCUCCAAACCAUCUCCAGUCUAUCCCUGCCUCGUUGGAUCGGAACGGUCGCGUCAGCGGACAUUCACCUGCACGUAUUUUCCGAUGCCAGCCGCCGCGCGAUGGCUGCUGUCCUGUACUCUAGACUCCAGGCCGUAGACAGUUCUGUCCGCUGCCACAUUCUCCUCGCUCACACGAAGCUGGCGCCCAUCCACAUUUUUAAGCCAAUGGCCGAGCCCGUGACCCGGAUGACUAUUCCUCGCUUGGAGCUCUGCGCUGCCCUGCUGACUGCUAAGCUUCUGCGCUCGAUGGCUGAAGAACUAGCAGUUCCGAUUGAGCGCUGUCACGCCUGGUGCGACUCGCAAAUUGUGCUGCACUGGGUUGGCUCCGAUCAGCCAACCAACAACACCCUCGUCGACAACUACGUGGCCCAGAUACAGGACACGCUACCCUCGAGCGCCUGGCGGUACGUGCCGUCGCAGUCCAAUCCAGCUGACGUGGCCACUCGAAGCGCGGACAUGUCCGGUCUCAGACAACAACUCCUGUGGUGGGAAGGUCCACCGAUUCUCGCAGACAACGACCGAGCCUGGCCCCAGGAAUCACUUCAAGAGGUGACACCCCUGCCGUUGGCCUGCUACGCCACCCGUCUGGCUGAGCCGAGCAUACUUGAACGAUAUUCCAAGCUUCACACUCUACUCGUCGUUCUCGUGCGCACUCGUCGGUGGGUUCAGCGCCAGUUGCGUCGCCCACCUGUUCUGCCGGUGCUCUCACCACUGACCCCCGCCGAGCUUCAAAAUGCUUUCCUGGCCUGCGUCCGUUUGAGCCAAUCGGAAACGUUCGGCUAA